AUGAGUCUUUUUGUCACAACUGAUGGAACUGUUUAUGCUGACAAUGGUUACAAAGGUACGGUAGAAAAAUGGACACUCGAUGCAACCGAGAGUACUGUUGCCACGAAAGUUAAUGGCUCUUGCUUUGGGUUAUUUAUCGAUAUAAUGAAUAAUUUAUACUGUUCAUUGGGUGCAAUGCAUCAAGUGCUAAAACAACCUCUUGUCAUUGGCGAAAACAUAUCAGAAACUCUGAGUGUUGGUAAUGGUGUUUGUGGCUCAGCUCUGAAUAUGCUCUGUGAACCUCGGGGAAUUUUUGUAACCAUUAAACUAAGUUUAUAUGUUGCGGAUUGUAAAAACAAUCGAAUUAUAUUGUUUCUACCAGGACAACGCAUUGGAGAAACAGUAUUAGGAGACAUGAAAAUUUCACGUAUCGGACUUAAUUGUCCAUCAGACGUUAUAGUAGAUGCUGAUGAUCACUUGUUCAUCGUGGAUUCUAAAAACAAUCGCAUUAUUCGAUCGACUUCAAACGGAUCAUAUUGCAUAGUUGGUUGCUUAACCGUCAGAGGUUCAGCAUAUCAUCAAUUAAAUGGACCAUCUACCGUUGCUUUCGAUAAACUUGGAAACAUCAUUGUUGCUGAUACAUACAACUAUCGAGUUCUAAAGUUUAUGUUGAUAACAAACACGAAUGAUGCUCAGUCACUGCCGAUUCAGGCGACUUAUAAAUCAUAUAUAACGACCAAUUCUCCAAAGUUUAUUCGCGAUUGCAUUCAACCCAAUUACUACUAUGAAGCCAUAGAAGUUAAAGUUGCUGAAUAUGGGAAAAAUAAAUUUGACCCAACAACUCCAUUGAUUAAUCGACUCAAUAAAAAUGACGGUAAUGGCUGCAAUGAUCAAUUUAAACUGGUACAUAACCUUGAAAAACAGAGAACUUAUAUAUUAGUAGUAACGAUCUUUCCUGCAAAUGAAACAGGAUCAUUCACAAUCACUGUAUUUGGUCGAAACAAUGUUACUCUAAAACGUAGCGAUAGACCCUCAAGUUUGAUACAAGCAACAUAUACAUCCCACUUAACGAUGAAUUCUUCAAAGUAUUAUCGAUCUGCGGAUGACAUUGAGCCCAAUCACAAUUAUGAACUCAUAGAAGUUAAUGUCACUGAAGACGGGAGCUAUACACUUGGUAGCGAUAGUGAGAUGAAUACCUAUGGUUAUCUGUAUCAAAACAAAUUCGAUCCAUUCGCGGAUGCAUUUGUAUACUUUAUCAAUGAAAAUGACGAUGGUGGGUGCAACUACCAAUUUAAAUUGACUUACUACUUGUACAAACAUAUAAAAUAUAUAUUAAUGAUCACAACGUUUGCUCCAAAUGAAACAGGAUCAUUCUCGAUCUUUGUACUCGGACCAAAUAAUGUGACUUUAGAACGUAGUGGUGAGUAUUCUCGAGACUGCACUCAACCCAAUUACUAUUAUGAAGCCAUAGAAGUGAAUGUGAUUGAAGACGGUAGCUAUAGUCUUAGUGCUAAAAGUCCAAUUAAGACUGCUGGUUAUCUUUAUGAAAACAAAUUCAAUCCAUUCAAUCGAGUUUUCAAUCAAAUCAACAAGAAUAACCACGAUGGCCGCGACAAUCAAUUUACACUGAGCUUUUCUCUACAAAAACAGAUCACCUACAUAUUAGUGGUCACGACUUUCUCUGCCACUGAAACAGGACCAUUCACAAUCAUCGCAAUUGGUCCAAGCAAAGUCACUUUAAAACAUAGUGACAGUCCAUUAUUUUUGGGACAAGCAACAUAUACAUCAAAGCUAACGAUAAAUUCUUCAAAGCAUGCUUACUAUCCAGCUGAUAUCCAACCCAAUAGGUAUUACGAAACCAUAGAAAUUAACGUCGCUGAAGAUGGGAACUAUACACUUGGUAGCGAUAACGAGAUAGGCAUAUAUGGUGCUGUCUAUAAAAAUAGAUUUAACCCAUUCAGUCCAGAUCUAAACAAGAUUUUUACUUUUCCUGAUCGUGAUUGCAUUCAUCGAAUUGAUAUCAUUUCUUACUUUGAAAAACAAAAAAGAUAUAUAUUGAUGGUCACAACCAGUACUCCUAAUGAAACAGGAUCGUUUUCAGUCUUUGCAUUCGGCCCCAACAAUAUUACUUUAAAACGCAGUGACAGUCCGUCGGUUCCUAUACAAGCUAUAUAUGCAUCACAUCUAACAACAAAUUCAUCGAAGUACUCUCGGGAUUGUAUUCAACCCAAUUACUAUUACGAAGCCAUAGAAAUUAACGUCGCUGAAGAUGGAAGCUAUAUACUUGGUAUUGACUACAAGCAGCAUAUCUGUAUUGAUCUUUAUGAAAACAAAUUUAAUCCAUUCAAUCCAUUUGAAAAUCAAAUGAAGGAAUUCAAUGAAAAUGUUGACUUCGAUUAUAUUUCAUCUGUUUCUGUACAACCAACAUAUGUAUCAAACCUAACAACAAGUUCUACAACAUAUUCUCGAGAUUGCACUCAACCCAAUUAUUAUUAUGAAGCCAUAGAAGUGAAUGUUAUUGAAGACGGUAGCUAUACAUUUGGUAGUCAUAGUACGAUGUAUAUCUGUGGAUAUCUGUAUGAAAAUAAAUUUAAUUCAUUCAAUCCAUCCGUAAACGUAAUCAAUGAGAAUUGCGAUAGUGGCUGUCUGCGUGAAUUUAAACUGAGUUACUACAUGUAUAAACAGAUAAGUUAUAUAUUGGUGGUCACAACUUUUUCUCCAAAUCAAACAGGAUCAUUUUCAAUCAUUGUGUUUGGACCAAACAAUGUCACUCUAAAACAUAGUAUCGAUAAAAAAAACUCUUAUGUGAUACAUCUCAAUCAUACUAGUUGUUUUCUUGGUAGUCUCUGUUAUUUUUAUGAAAAAACAAUUGGUUUGACACUUGAUGAUAUUAUACGUAAUUACAUUCGACGGGAUACAACAUUUAACAAUCAACCAUUCACAGUCAAAAUGAGUGCAGCUAUAACCAUCAUUAUGUUUAUUGUAGGUUUAAUCAAUGGUGUUCUUUCUUUCAUAACGUUUCAAAACAAAGAGUUACGAGAAAUCGGCUGUGGAAUUUAUCUCUUAGCAUCAUCGAUUACUUCUCUGAUUACUAUCAGCUUAUUUACAGUAAAAUUUUGGUUUUUAGUUCUCACUCAUAUGAAUUUAUCUAUGAAUGUCUCAGUUAUGUCAGGUGGCUGUAAAUCGAUUGAACCCAUUCUGAAAAUGUUUCUAUACUUGGAUACUUGGUUGAAUGCUUGUGUUGCGAUUGAAAGAGCAGUCAAUGUUUCCCGAGGGGCUAGUUUUAACAAAGCAAAGAGUAAACGUAUUGCUCGUUGGGUAAUUAUGAUUUUGCCACUUUGUAUCAUACUUUCACUCAUUCAUGAGCCUAUCAAACGCGAAGUAUUCGAGUUCAAAACUGAUGAUAAUGCAACAUUAGCAAAAAACGAAACAUUGCCAAUUACAAUAGAGAAUUCUGUUUAUUGCAUCACUCGUUAUUCUUCGUCACUUGAAAACUAUAAUACAGUCAUUCUCUUUUUUCAUCUUCUGAUUCCUUUUAUUAUCAAUCUUUUUUCUGCAUUAUAUAUUAUCUUUGGAGCUGCUCGACAACGUUUAGUUGCUCAACCUAACCGAACUUACAAAGAACAUGCUCAUGAACAAUUCAAACAACAUAAACAACUGCUGAUCAGUCCUUUGAUUUUGAUCAUUCUCGCAUCGCCUCGUCUGGUCAUUGCGUUGCUCUCUGCCUGUGUGGAUGUAUCACAGAAUACUUACCUUUAUCUCUCAGCUUAUUUCAUUUCAUUCAUUCCGUCGAUGCUUGUUUUCAUUAUAUUCGUCCUUCCUUCGAGUUUCUACAAGGAAAAAUUGGCAAAUACCUUACGAUCAUGGCAACAACGAUUUUGUCGAUAA